GCGUCACACAUGGCAAACGCAGCACUGAGAAAGGCCCCUCGAGGGCAGCGCAGUCUACCAAUAAACACUCACACCCAUCGUGGUCGCGCAGCAUGGCCUACACAAAAGACUACUACCAUAUUCUGAGCCUCGACGCACCGGGCUGGCGCCAGCCCGCAAAUCAAGCCAACAAGACCGCAGCAGACCUGCGACGAGCAUACAAAAUAGCGCUACUCGCAGCACAUCCAGACAAGAAGAAACAAAACGGCAUUGCCCCUAUGACCACAAAGACGAAACCCACAUAUACGGUCGACGAUGUCAAAGAAGCCUACACAAUACUCGCGGAUCCCAAGACACGAGCAGAAUACGACACUUGGUUCCUUCAUAACCGACAUACGCUGCGCUCCUCGACGACGACGACCAACAUGGCGACAAGUGCGCAGGAGCAAGCGCUGGCCAGUAGUGAGGAUUUCAUCCUCGGUCUUGAACUUGUUGACCUGAGCGAUUUCGACCAAGUCGAGCCAAUGACCAAGACGACGUCUACGAGUGAGAACGGGGUAGAAUGGAUGAGGGCGUGUCGGUGCGGGGAUGAGAAGGGGUUUCGCAUUGUAGAAGACGACUUGGAGGAUGCCCAGGUGAGGGGGGAGAACGAAGUGCUGGUCGGGUGUCAGGGGUGUAGUUUGUGGCUGAGGGUUGGGUUUGAGGUUGAAGAGGGAUGAAGGCGUGGUAGUAGUAGUAGUAGUAGUAGUAGUAGUAGUAGUACUAGUAGUGGGAGAAGAUGUGAGAGGAAAAUGAGUGUGCAUUUAGUUACAACCUAGCGCUAACACAGCACCGGUAGAAGAAAAAAAAAUCGAAGUGCCCGAUAUCAGCUGACGGCAAGAUGGCUUGAGGUGGCUCUAUGUACAGGUGUACUUGGAGAGUUCACUAGCUAGAUACAACCUUGGCCAGCUUCCUGGGAAUAGCACUGCUCUUUUUCAUCUGCC